AUGUUAAUUGGUAUUUCGGGUACUUUAAGUGCUGGUAAAACUGAAGUUGCAAGAUACUUGACCUUUCAGGGAUUCAAACUAAUAUCAUUUAAACACGAAGAAGAUGACGAGUCUGAUAACUCCACUCCUGAUGAAGAAGAAGAAAUACCUCAUCAACUCAACCAGUUAUCAAUAGAUAAUAGUUCAAACAUGGAAGUUUUUCGAACAUUUGAUAAUUUAAAUGAAUUGGAUAGUUAUGUUACUGUUAAUUGGAAAGACCAUUUUGUUAUUUCACAUAUUAAAGACAUGACCAUGUUGAAGACUUUACAAAAGCGACCAUUUUUCUUGCAUAUUUCCAUUGAUGCGCCAUUAGCUUUAAGAUACAAAAGAUCUAAGGCAAAAAAUCACUUAACGUUAGAUGAAUUUGUGGAAAAGAACGACGAAUUGUUGUUUAAUGUCGAGAAUCCAUUGAUUGAAAUCAAUAAUCAGGCACAAGUCAAGAUUAUCAAUACAUCCAGUUCAAUCAAGGAUUUGUUCAUUAAAUUAUCGGAAUUGAACUUGGUUUCUGCAACUAGAUUAAGACCAACUUGGGAUUCGUAUUUUAUGCGUCUAGCUGAUUUGGCUGCUUUGAGAUCAAAUUGUAUGAAGAGAAGAGUUGGGUGUGUGAUUGUUAGAGAAAAUAGGGUUAUUGCAACGGGAUAUAAUGGAACCCCGCGUCAUUUGACUAACUGUAAUGAUGGUGGUUGUUCACGUUGUAAUAAAGGUCAAGGAAGUGGAGCAUCGUUGUCGACGUGUCUUUGUUUGCAUGCUGAAGAAAAUGCAUUAUUAGAAGCCGGUAGAGAUAGAAUUAGAGGUGAAAGUGUUUUAUACUGUAAUACUUGUCCAUGUUUGACAUGUUCCAUUAAAAUUGUCCAAAGUGGUAUUAAAGAAGUUGUCUAUGCACAAAGCUAUUCGAUGGAUAUUCAAAGUCACAAGGUAAUGAGUGAGGCAAAUAUCAUACUAAGACAAUACCAACCGCCUAAAGAUGGAAUAUUUAUAUAG